AUGGAUACGAUCAGUCACUGCGGGGGAGGUAGUGCCCCGCAGAGCCACUGCACAAUAAAACUUGCAGCUGAGUCCAGCCUUGCCAGCGGAGCAAGCGUCAGAACAUCAGCUGCGGCAGCGCUAGAGGGUGCCAGACCAGACCCUUCCCACCGCCAGCACACGGCACCUUCCUCACGCUCCGGAACAGACUGCACAGGGCAGCCUGGCUCCAGCCUCCUUCCCCUGCCGCCUGCCUUAACCAGAGCACCGAGGGUUCUUCUAAAGCACGAUGCCAGGGAGGUAAAACAGCCCAACGCACACCUCACCAGCCCACCCGUGGCACAGCCUCAGAAGGACGAAGUGGCGUGGACCUACAUCGGCUACACAGGUGAAAGCGUCAAGGGAACAGCUGUGAACCUCACUGCUGAAGCAGGCUCUAUUCAGAUCAGAAAUGGCUCCAUCAUGGUGCCCUGUGAUGGCCUCUACCUCAUGUCCUUGGAGGGCAACAUCCAUUUCCUUGUCCAGGGCUUGCUAAAGCUGACGUUGAUGAAGACAGAUAAGAAGCCCCACGUCCUCUGGGAGCAGACUGUGGAGGAGAGCAGCAGCGCAGUCAGCCUCAUCACGGUGGUGUUUUUCUUCCAACACGACAACAUCACCCUGCUGACCAGCUCCGAGGCCAUCAUCAGCCUGUCCUUCAGCCUGGUGUUACUGAGUCCUGUUGAUGACGGUGUGAAAUGUCACCUGUAAAGCACAGCCUUGCCCACACCUGCACGUGGGAGGCUCCUUCCCACGGGCUGUACCGCGCUGCCAGACUGCUCCAGCCCCUGCCCUGCCUGUGGCUGCGGAGAGCCUCGGCUGGAGUGCAGGCAAACCGCGGUGCAAAUGGGCUUUGCGUAAGUGCACUGCAGAGCUCUGAGCAGCUGCCUUGCUGCCUGGGAGGCAUCUUUCUAAUGCUGGGGGAAGUGUGGAGCCCUUGAGGACAGGUAAGAGCCAAAGAAAAGUCACCUGAGCUUAGCUGAUAUUCAGAGGGGCUCUGGGUUUCUCAGCGUGCAGGGAGACAGUGUCUGUACAAAGGGCAAACGUGCUGUGUAUUUGCUGAAAUAAAAGCCUGGUAAACCAGGAAGAUAACUCAUGUGUCUUGAAGCCAUUUGGAGGAGAGCAGCUGUGCUCAACAGCCCUUUGCCUGGCAAGGCAGAAGGCAGGGAAGAGGCAGCAAGAGCCAGACAAAUGCUCCCUGAGAGGGAAAGGCCAGUAAA